AUGAAUGAAGGAAAGAAACCUUCCUUCAAAAUCCCUGAAGACCAUGUGAGUCUGUCCAAGGAAAGGUCCGAGGACACUGGUGACGACCAGGAUGGGAUAUGGACCACGAUCCAUAAGAAGCGUGCAGUGCGCACACAUGAGGUGACCCGAAAGAGGGCGCAUUCGCAAAACCUGACCCAGGAACAAGCAAACCUGGUAAAGAAAGCUGAAACUCAGUUAACCGACAGUUCUGAGUCCCAUGAAGCAGGACCAUCUAAGGACAAAGGAAAAGUACCAGAUCCUAGGAAUUGGGGCAAUGCCAACCUCAGUAAUGAGGAUGUUGACCUGGAGGCCCAAUGUGCCGCCCUAGCAUUGUACCGAGCAGCAUGA